GGCAAACAUCUCCCUCCACUCUUUCUCCAGAGCAGCAAAGUCCACCUGCUUGGUCACUGAUGCUCUCAGUUCUGUGAAGUAGUAGUCCAGCAGGCCGGGAACCCUCUUUUCAAGCUGUUUCUCCUCUAUUUCCUCCAGGAGGUAGACAACAUCCUUCAUCCCACAGCCUCCGCCCACGUACUGAAAGUCCACUGCCGCCACACCCUGCCCACUCCCAGAGAAGCAGAAGUUGGCUAGUUUGGCAUCUCCGUGAACGAUGGUCUUGAAGCGGCAUUCAUUGAGGAUCCUGUCAAUCUCCCCGGCAGUUGCUUUGAGCUGGGCGUCGUCCAUGGCAUUCAGCUCGUCAGGGCGUGUUUCCAGGUGCCAAUAGGUACCUAUGGGCCACAGCCCCUCUGGCACCACCCCCAGGAAGAGGCCAUGGAAGUGGGCCAGCCAGCUGAGGCAGGCCCUCAUCUCUGCAUCCCUAACGCUGGUUCUUCUCUGGUCAAAGCCCACCACAUCCAGGUCCUCCAGAACGAUCAGCUGUUCGUCCCCGUAUGAACAAGCAGCCAGACAGGCUGGCAUUCGACAGCCAUCAUUGGUGGAGAAGUUCUGGUACCAGUGCGUCUCAACUUGGUAGGACCUCACCUUGCGCAUGUGAGACAGGUCUGUGUUCCAGCCUCCAGGGUGCUCGGCCUCCUUUGGGAACAUGACAUGUUUGACAACGACAGAGGGGCGGUCACAGCCAUCUAAAUGGACCCUCACAAUCUGGCCAUAGCCGCUCCACAGCGUCUGGAUUUUGUCACCAACACGCAGAGCCUUUGCACCACAAUCCUGCAGAAUAAGGUCUUGAUAUUCUUGUUUCAUCCUGAAGUCUUUCACCAGACUGAAAAAUAACAGAUUAAGUUAUGUCAAAAUCUGUCAAAAUUACAGCUUUUCACAAAAGACUGAUACAUUUAGGCAGAAAGGUGUUGACUGAAGGAACAACAAAGUAAGCAUGCACAGUUUGAUCGAAUAGGAAAUGCAAGUCUAUGCGUUUCACACACACAUGGAGGAAAUUGAACUUCGACUGAAACUAUUUAAAUAAGUGUAAUCUUUCAAACCCACACACCGCCAUCUCACGAUGGACACAGUCAAAACAUUAGUUAACAACGCCAAUGUGCGUAAAACUCACGAUGAAAAUGUGUUGCACGUCGAGUUGUAUUGUGUUAUGUUUCGAUCAUGAAUACUCUCCAAUGUGAACUGAAGAUUUACAUCAAUCAAUGGCGCAACACUCCCACCAACUGGAUUGGAGUGUAAAAGCUCUCGUCAUCGUUGGAGCUACCCGGAAGCUAAAUCAUGGAAAUUACUUACGGGAUGUUGUUGUUAUCGGGCAGAAAGUAGCUCGUCUACUUACUAGCUGUAUAUCAUAAUGUUAUAUGGAUAUUGUCACGGUUGUUGUUUGCAUUUAAUUCAUUUGAUAAUCUUAUUUUAAAAACCCAUAUUUUGGAACUGUAACUCAUUGCUUUGAUUUAGCUGUCUAAGUUCGGCUUGCUAGCUAACGCAGCUAGCUAGUUAACGUUAGUUACGACUGACAGGGACAGUCAUACUUUCCAGGCUGUAUGAAGCGUAUAAAAAAACGCUAGAACAAAAUGGAUUGCACGGCACUGGAACACGAUGCAAUUAAAUUUGCUAAAACUGCUGUCAUCUGCGAUCAGAAUGGAAAAUACAACGAGGCUGUCUUCUAUUAUAAGGAGGCGGCACAAGCCCUGAUCUACGCCGGCAUGGCAGGGUCUAAACUGGAGAGCAUCCAGGAUAAAGUCAAUGAGUACCUGGACCGGGUUCAGGCCCUGCACAAUGCUGUUCAAGCUCAAAGUAGCGACCCUCUGAAGAGCAAGCAGCAGGUGGAUCUGGAGCGGGCCCACUUCCUGGUCACCCAGGCCUUUGAGGAGGAUGAGAAGGGCAAUGGGGACGAGGCUAUCGAGCUCUACACACAGGCCGUGGAACUCUGCAUCCAGACGUCUCAUGAUACAACAGACCAGGGGCUGCAGGGCAAACUGAAGCAGCUGGCUCGUCAGGCCCUCGAUAGGGCGGAGGGGCUGAAGGAGUCCCAGUCCGCCAGUCCCUUAGCCCAGUCGCCACAGGACAGGCCGGGGCCCCCAGGGGCCAAACCCAGUGGGGGGCCUUGCCCCGUCAGACAGUUCUUCCCCUUGGGGCCUGACUUCUCUCUCCAGGACCGCCCCCAGCCAGUCAGGCCGGUCCAGUCCAGUGAGCCUCAGGGUCAGCGCUACACCUCAGAAGAGAUCGAGGUGCUCAGGAGCACGUCCAAGAUCAACGGCAUACCCUUCGUCCCCUUCAUGAGUGUGGACCUGAAGGAGAGAUUUGCCUUUCCUGUUCCAUUCUCGGACAAACUAGGCAAGCUGGCCCUGUCUCCCAAGCAGAAAACCAUCUUCUCCCGCUGGGUUCGCCCUGACGAGAUCUGCAAUAACCCCACCAUGAUCUUAUCUGUAUCCAGCUUCAGCAUCAAACAGACGGUGGUGUCUGACUGCUCGUUCGUGGCGUCGUUAGCCAUCAGCGCUGCCUAUGAGCGACGCUACAACAAGAAGCUCAUCACCAGCAUCAUCUACCCCCAGAACCGGCGCGGGGAGCCAGAGUAUAACCCCUGUGGGAAGUACAUGGUGAAGCUUCACAUCAACGGUGUGCCCAGGAAGGUCAUUAUAGACGACUUCCUGCCAUGUGGUCAGAAUGGAGAGCUGCUGUGUUCCUACUCCAGCAACAGGAACGAGCUGUGGGUCUCCCUCAUAGAGAAGGCCUACAUGAAGGUCAUGGGAGGCUACGACUUCCCCGGCUCCAACUCGAACAUCGAUCUGCACGCACUCACUGGCUGGAUCCCAGAGCGUAUCGCCAUGCAUUCAGACAAUCAGUCAUUCAUCAAGGACGACACCUUCCGCAUGCUCUACCAGAGGUUUCACCGGGGCGACGUCUUAAUCACCACGGCAACGGGGGUGAUGACAGAGGAGGAAGGUGAGAGGUGGGGCCUUGUGCCAACGCAUGCCUAUGCUGUCCUGGAUAUCCGGGAGCACAAAGGGAAUCGGUUCCUGCAGCUGAAGAACCCGUGGAGCCACCUGAGGUGGAAAGGCCGCUUCAGUGAACGGGAUGAGAAAAAUUGGACCCCAGAACUUCUCAAAUACCUCAACUUUGACCCCAAGACUGCACAGAAGUUUGAUAACGGCGUGUUCUGGAUCACGUUUGAGGACCUGUGCCAGUACUAUGAUGUCAUCUACCUGAGCUGGAGCCCCGCCCUGUUUAGAGAGUCUUCCUGUAUCCACAGUAGCUGGGAUGGGAAGCAGGGCCCGGUGAAGGAUGCCUACAGCCUUGCCAACAAUCCUCAGUACCGGCUGGAGGUGACCUGUCCUGCAGGGGGCACCGCUGUCUGGGUGCUGCUGACCAGACACAUCACUGACAAGGAUGACUUUGCACAAAACAGGGAGUUCAUCACCUUGGUGGUUUACAAGACGGAGGGAAAGAAAGUUUACUACCCUGCGGACCCUCCCCCCUACAUAGAUGGGAUCAGGAUCAACAGCCCCCACUACCUGACCAAGAUGAGACUAACCAGCGCUGGAACACACACCUUCACACUGGUGGUGUCACAGUACGAGAAGCAGAACACCAUCAACUACACCCUGAGGGUGUACUCUGGAUGCAAGUUCUCCUUCUCCAAGAUCCCAACGCCCUUCACUCAUACCAAACGGAUCAAUGGCCAGUGGAAGGGGCCGAGUGCGGGGGGCUGUGGGAACUACAAGGACUCGUACAAGCACAACCCAAUCUACCAGUUUAACCUGGAGCGCCCAGGACCCAUGCUCAUAGAGCUGCGAGGCUCCAGGCAGUACAGUGUGGGCUUUGAGAUGGUGACCGUGUCCACUGUAGUAGAGCCAGGACCUGCAGGCCACCCGAAGAAGAACAGUGGAGACUACAGGUGUGGUUUCUGCUACAUGGAGGCGGACCAUGUCCCUGCUGGCAUCUACAAUGUUAUCCCCACCACCUUCCUGCCCAAACAGGAAGGACCCUUCUUCCUGGACUUCAGCAGCGCCAUGCCCCUAAAGGUCUCCCAGCUCCAGUAAGGAGAGGGGGGAAGGAUUCAGGGGUGACACCAGGAAUAACUUGCAUACAGCAUGGACACUCACUAUUCCCUAAACUCUGGGUGGAACUUGUUACGACUGCAGGAGGACCCAAAAGAGACUGAUUACUUUAUUGAUUAAUAUCAAGGGUAUUUGGAAAGGGACAUGUUUUUGGUAUGGAACAUAGCCCUCUAUGUGCUGAGGUGUGCAAGAAAAUGUACCAAAAAAAUGUAAACUGACUGAGUAAUAACUAUCAGAGCUAAUGUUGGAGGUGCUUUCUUCCUCCUUUGCCAUAAUGACAGAUACAGUAAAUGAUGUCACAACUAUGGCCCUUCUGAUUUUCAAUGUUCAAUUACUUGGCGCUUGUUGACCGCCAGUCUAGGUACUCAAGAGGCAGUGCUGGUAUUUACCAAGAACGAAGGGUGACGUUCUCAACUGCAACUGUCUUUCUCAGGAGACCGCACCACGACAGGGAUUUCUCUGUUGCACAGGAAUGAAGACUAAUCUCUGGCAUUCCUAAGGAUGUGUGACAGGCAUGCAGGACCUGUGUCUGUGUGGUUGCAAAAUUCUAGGAACUUUCAAUAAAUUCCCUGGUUUUCUAGAUUCCUGGAAUCCUCCGACCAGGAUUUAGGGAAAACCAAGGAAUUUAUUAUAAGUUCCUGUAAUUUUGCAACUGUGUGUGUGUGUGGGUAGUCACGUGGAAAACAACAUUUGAAACGUAUCUGCAAUCUUCAGUCUCUUGUUUACGCUUCAGCUAGGACUUGAACCCUUCACAGCGGUUUCUCCUUCUCUGUUAACAGUUUGUCAGAGGCAAGACUGCUAGUGGCUUUGUCAUUUUCUGGACAAUUACUGUAAAGUGUGAAUGCUAUACAGUCUUGUGGACAAGACUCACUCCUCAAACAUACUUUAUUUUUACUAAGGAAAGUGUGGACUUACUAAAAGAGCGGAGUCACCCGUACCAUGUAGACUUAUUUUGCAUUAGCAAAAUAGCUGCUCUGUCGUUUCAUUCUUCUUUACAUAGAAUUACAUUUGUUUUCUUCCCCUUCCAGUGACUGUUAAAGGGCAACUAUUGCUGCUGUUGCCACUUAUGUCAAAUGCAAUAGUCUGGUAUGAUUUUGCUCAACUUGCACUAAAUGUGGAAUGAUGUAUUCAAACAUA